GAGCAAAUGAAAAGAUGAAUAUUUGUGUUCAACACUGGCUGAGAGCGAAGUGAAGGCAGAUGCAGAAGAGCAAGAGGUGGAGGAGGAGGAGCAAAGUGGGGGCUUGCUGUCGGUGCAAAGUUUAUCAGCAACGGGGACUUCUCUCAUCCGUGGCAAAAGGGCAGGUGCAAGAUUUGUGCACACACCUGUCCUCUUACUUCCGGAAUAAAAAUAUCUACAUCUACUGUAUGUACUGUAUGUAUUUGACAGUUAACACAGAAUGAGAUUUAGGUCACGUUCAGUCUUCAUCACUGGACUGAUGAUCGGAUUUAUAUCCCUGCGAUAUUUUUUAGACUCAGACUUGCCGAAGAGUCAUGAACAAGAUGCCUGGCAAGGAGACCAACUCGAACACAAAGGUGUGAACUUGAGAUCUCCAACAAAUUCAUCACAAACGACCCGUAUCUUGUGUUGGAUCAUGACAGGGCCGAAGAAUAUGGCGUCCCGGACCAGGCACAUCAAGGAAACUUGGGCGAAGCGCUGCCACAUAGUGUUGUACAUGAGUUCCGUUCAUACGGACUUCCCAACAGUGAAACUGAAUGUCAGUGAGGGACGAGAGCACCUGUACUGGAAAACAAUCCGUGCCUUUGAGUACAUCUACAAAGAGCACCUGGACAAUGCAGAUUGGUUUUUAAAAGCCGACGAUGACACAUAUGUGAUUGUGGAGAAUCUACUCUCCAUGUUGUCAAAGCUUGAUCCUGAGAAGCCUUAUUACCUGGGAAGAAGGUUUAAACCUUUUGUCCGUCAAGGCUAUAUGAGCGGCGGAGCAGGCUAUGUCCUCAGUAAGGAAGCACUACGGAGAUUUAUGAAAGGUUUGGCCACAGGAGCGUGCACCCACUUCUCUUCCAUCGAGGACCUGGCUCUGGGGAAGUGUAUGGAGACAAUGAUGGUGGAGCCGGUCGAUACCAGAGAUGUGAAAGCAAGACAAACGUUUCAUUCUUUCCCUCCGGAGCUUCAUUUGGCCAGACAGUUCCAAAAGAACCCUUGGUAUCUGGAUUAUGAAUACUACCCUCCAAUUCAAGGUCCGGGAUGCUGUUCAGACUUUGCUGUGUCUUUUCACUACAUUUACGCUGUUCAACUCUAUGCCCUGGAAUACCUGGCAUACCAUCUCCGGCCAUAUGGAUAUAAAUACAGAUUUUUUUCCAGUGAACAUAAAUAUUUCAAUGGAACGACAAAACAACUGUGA